AUGUCCAAACCCGCUCCCGCUGUCACCUACGGCCGGGGUGGUGCAGGCAAUGUCACCGUCAAAUCCGCCCGGUCACCCAAAUUCGAACCCGAAAGCACACCCACGUUGAAGUCCAAAACCUACACUACUGGCCGAGGCGGUGCAGGCAACAUGGCUAAGAAUGACCCUAAGCACCCGGAAGAAGCGCGGCGCGCCCAAGACGUGGAUGUUCCGGGCAUCACCCUUCCAGAAGGAUCGUAUCACACCGGUAGAGGCGGCGUAGCCAACACAUACAAACCCACCGAACGCGAGCUCCAGGCCGCCAAAGCGCAUAAUGAGAAAGUGCGCACAGAAUCUUUCAAUCGUCAGGGAUCCGAGGAUCGAGGCGUCGUCCGAGCACUCGCGAAAAAGGCCAAUGAAGGUGUAGCUACAAAGCACGAAGGCGAGAAAUGA